AUGGUGCUUUUGCUGUUAGUACUACUCUUCUCCAAUCUCUGUUUCCCUGUUUUCAACAAUAUGGCAACAGCUUCAAAUAUUGAAUCCCAAGGGAAAGCUCUUCUUCAAUGGAAGGCCACUCUUGAAACACAAGAACUUCUUAACACUUGGACAUCAAAGACCAGUGCAUGCAAUUGGACUGGAAUCACUUGCAAAAAUGAUGGCCAUCUCAUGCCAACCAUCACCAAGCUCCAACUGAGAGAUUUGGGACUAGAAGGGAAGCUGGAGACUCUCAACUUCUCAUCUUUGCCUUCUCUCCGGGUUCUCAACCUUACCUACAACAAGCUCCAUGGAGAAAUCCCUGUAGCCAUUACAGCUCUCCCCAAGCUUACCAUCCUUGAUCUCUCUAUCAACAAUCUCACAGGCAACAUCCCUUCCGAGCUUGGUAAUUUGACAAGGCUCAAGACAUUGUCGCUUUCUGAGAAUCAGAUAAGUGGCUCCAUACCUCCUUCUUCUGGAAAGCUUAUGAACCUGAAUUGGUUAGACAUCUCCUUAAAUUUCUUAGUUGGUUCCAUCCCUCUUGUCUUUGGAAACUUGACCAAACUCAACAUUUUACACUUAUGGGGGAAUAACCUCACUGGCUCCAUCCCCCAUGAGAUUGGAUAUGUGGUAAAUCUCAAGAAAUUUGAUGUGUCAAGUAACAAUAUAAGUGGUUCUAUUCCUCAAAGCAUUGGAAACUUGACUGAAUUAAACUUGCUAAACUUUUAUGAGAACCAAUUAUAUGGGUCCAUACCAUACCACAUAGGAAAUCUGCUCAAGCUUGAAUUAUUUUCCAUACAACACAAUCACAUAAAUGGAUCUAUCCCUAGUAAGAUUCAGAAUCUAGUGAACUUGAAAGAUUUGAGAAUAGCUGAAAACCAAAUAACUAGUUCCAUCCCACCUAGCAUUGGAAACCUUACCAAGCUUGAAAUUUUUUACUUAUUUAUCAAUAAAAUAAAUGGCUCCAUUCCUUUUGAGAUUGGGAAUUUAGUGAAUCUGAGAAAUUUUCAAAUAUCUCAAAACCAGAUAACUAAUUCCAUCCCAAAUAGCAUUGGAAAUUUGACCAACCUUGAAAUUUUUUACUUACAUAAAAAUAACCUACAUGGUUCCAUUCCUUCUGAGAUUGGGAAUCUAGUGAACUUGAGAGAUUUUCAAAUGCCUUACACCCAAACAACUGGUCCCAUCCCAUGUGACAUUGGAAACUUGACCAAGCUUGAAACAUUAUUUCUGCAUGAAAAUACCAUGAAUGGUACCAUCCCUCCUUCUCUUGGAAGUUUGAAAGAUCUCACUUAUUUAAGUUUAGCCCACAAUCAUUUAUAUGGCUUAUUGCCGAAUGAAAUUUCAAAUCUUACAAAUUUAAUUUAUCUUGAAUUGUUUAACAACAGUCUUUUCGGUAAUCUACCACCAUAUUUGGCAAAAGGAGGUUUGCUUCAAGCACUUACUUUGGGAUACAAUAAUUUCCAAGGGCCUAUUCCAAUCAGUUUGAAGAAUUCAACAAACUUAUUCAGGGUCCGCCUUGACAAAAACCAAUUCACGGGAGAUGUCUCUGAGAGCUUUGGUGUUCAUCCCUACUUGGAUUAUAUUGAUCUAAGUUUCAACAAAUUAUCAGGUACUUUAUCACCUUCUUGGGGAGCAUGCCUUAGAUUGACAAGUUUUAAAAUCUCAAGCAACAGAAUCACUGGACCAAUACCUUUGGAAAUUGGUCAAUUGCCAGAGCUACACCUACUAGACAUCUCUUCAAAUAAUCUAGUAGGAAGAAUUCCAAGGGAGUUUGGUAAAGUAUCUUACAUAUUUCACUUGAACAUGAGCAACAAUCAUCUCACAGGAACCAUACCGCCAGAAUUUGGGAAUCUAUCUUCAUUAGAAGUUCUGGAUAUGUCAAGUAAUAAUCUAAGAGGAGAAAUACCAAUACAGUUGGCAAAUUGCCUUAAAUUGGGCUCACUCAAGUUAAGGAGUAAUGAACUAAGUGGAGCCAUCCCUUUUCAACUUGGAUAUUUGAACUUGCAACAAGUUCUAGAUUUGAGUGACAAUUUAUUCACUGAAGAAAUACCAUCGCAACUUAGCAAGUUAAUGAAGUUAGGAGAGUUGAAUUUAUCACAUAAUAGAUUGAUUGGUCGCAUUCCAUCCUCUUUUAAAUUCAUGACAGGGUUGAUAUUGUUGGAUUUAUCUUAUAAUUCUCUAGAAGGUCCUAUUCCAGAGAAUCGUUUCUUUCAAACAGCUCCAAUUAUGUGGUUUGCCCACAAUAAGGGCUUAUGUGGUCAAGUGCAUGGUUUGCCUCCAUGUAAUCAAUCAACUUUAACAAAUAGAGAUGAUGGGCAUCGAGAGAAGCAUCACAAAGUCAUUAUCUUGACUGUUUUUCCAAUAUUUGGCAUUUUAUUUCUCUUACUCCUAAUUGUUGUAAUCACUUUGAUUUUUUACAAGAGAAAAAAAUUCAUGGCAAAUGACUUUGGUAAAGAAGUUGGUGGACAUUACUUCUCACUUUGGAAUGCCAAUCAUGGGAAAGAAGCAUACAAGGAGAUAAUUCGAGCAACAGAAAAUUUUGAUGCUAAGUACCAAAUUGGUACCGGAGCUUGUAGCAUAGUCUAUAAGGCGACAAUAUCAUCAGGGGAGAAACUUGCUAUUAAGAAAAUUCAGGAAGAAGAAAGUCAAGUGAACGAGCAAGCUUUCCAAAAUGAAAUACAAGCAUUGACAGAAAUUCGGCAUCGGAAUAUUGUGAAGUUUUAUGGUUUUUGUUCUAAUAAUAAAUUCCAUUUUCUUGCAUAUGAAUAUAUGGAGAGAGGGAGCCUUGGUGCCACUUUGAGAUCUGAAGAUGAGGCAAUGAAGUUGGAUUGGAUUAAAAGAGUCAGCAUUGUACGAGACAUUUCUCAAGCUUUAUCUUACUUACAUCAUGAUUGUGCUCCAUCUAUUGUUCAUCGAGACAUAACAAGCAACAACAUUCUUCUUGAUGAGGAAUAUAAGGCUUGCGUUUCAGACUUUGGUAUUUCGAGAUUGUUAAAACCCAACUCAUCACAUUGGAGUAUGCUUGCAGGCACGUAUGGGUACAUGGCACCAGAGCUUGCAUAUGUGAUGAGAGUGACUGAAAAAUGUGAUGUAUAUAGUUUCGGGAUUGUUGCACUUGAAAUGAUGCAUGGCACACAUCCUGGGGAUCUUCUAAGCAACUUAUCAUUGAGUAUGUUAGUGAAAGAUAUUCUAGAUCCACGUCUUCAACUUCACAUCGUUGAUCAAGUGACCACAAACCAAGUGCUUUUAGUGAUCUUAAUAGCAAUGCAGUGCAUCAACAUUGAUCCACAAGCUCGGCCUUCAAUGGAACAAGUAUCUCAAAGGUUGUCUUCUUCAAAGUCUUUACCAUCAUCAUUUGACAACUAUCCAUUUCAAGCACUUACACUUGAUCAGCUCAUAAACAUUGCACAAACACAUAUUGAUGAUCAAGCACAGGAAUAA